UCUCCUCCUUCCCGUUCCCCAAACCCUCCCAUCCGUGCCCUCAGCGGAAGGACGGGAAAAGGGUAGAACUACGGGGAGUAGCGGUCGGUGGUUCCGGCGGUCGGAGAGCGGCAAUUAGCGGCAGCCGUUGCUCUCGCCGACGGUGUCAGCUCGAGAUUAUCUAUGGCUGGAAGGAAUCGUAUCCCCCGUUACCCUAUAAAUAAUGAGCCACAUGGCUUCCACGAAGGGCCUCCACCCCCUUUCCCCCGAGUACAUGGAUCCAUGCCUCUACACCCUAUUGAGGAGGAACUCGCAAUGCAACAUGAUGAAAUUAGGAGGCUUCUUGCUGAUAAUCGGCUUCUUUUUGAGGAAAAUGUGGCUAUUAAGAGAGAGAUGGCUGCUGCUAAAGAAGAGCUCCAUAUGUUGAGUCAGGCCAUUCCUAAGGUCCGGGCAGACAAAGAACUUGAGGCUAGGGAAUUAAUCCAGAAUGGUCUGAAGCUAGAGGCUGAGCUUCGUGCUCUUGAACCUCUGAAGGCCGAGGUACUGCAACUGCAGUCCGAAGCACAGAAGCUGGAAGCUUUGAAGCAAGAGAUGGCUGCCAAAGUUCAAAGUUUGUCGCAGGAUCUGAAACACUUGCAGACUGAGAACCAGCAAGUGCCCACCUUGAGAGCUGAAAUCGAUGGCCUACGUCAGGAGCUUAUUAGAGCCAGGACGGCGUAUGAGUAUGAGAAGAAGGCAAAUUCUGAGCAGAUAGAACAGAGGCAAGCAAUGGAGAAAAACCUUGUUUCCAUGGCUCAAGAGCUUGAGAAGCUGAGGACAGAGCUGGAGAGGAGAUCGAGGGGACCUGGUGCUGGGGCUUAUGGAAUUAUGAACCGCAGCCCUGACAUGGGCUACCCAGGUGUUUUUGGUGAUGGCUAUGGUGGUGAGAAAGGCCGUUAUGGCACUGGUCCUUGGGCAUCUUAUGAACAGCAUGGUCUUCCUCGCUACUGAGGUGUUCCAUCCUUCUUCCAAGUCAUUAAGACCUUGCUUUUGUUUUUUGGAGCUAUGAUUUAGCAACGAUUCUGCUCUGUGCAUAUAAUCUAAGUUUAGGAUUUAUGGUUCAUUUUAGAGAGAGACUUAAAUUCUCAACAAUGUAGAAGAAACUGUUUUGGACGACCUUAGUGGAGAUGCACUUGUAUCCUUUGUUAUGGUGGCUUACAUUUAUGUUUUCUUCCCCUUUUCCUAACCAUAAAGUUGGAUAGAACCAUGGAUGUUGAUAGACCUUGGAACACAACCGGCACUCAUUGGGGUAA